AUGUUUUAUCAAUCUCCAAACAUCAAAACUAGAAAUAUCUCCUCAAUAACUGCGAUGGAGCCUGGUCUUGUGAAAGUCUCGCGAAAGAGCUUGUACGAUUCUGGCUCUGAUUUUGAUUCUGAUUCCGAUCUUUCUCAGAAUGAACAACCAUUAUUACCAAAUAUCAAAUUUGAUUUCGUCGAUAAAGUAAAUGUCCAAAAUGAUUUGAAUCUUGGACUUGGUGAUAAGCAUAGCAAAUUAAACCCAGGUACAGAAACAGAUGAAGAAGCCAAAACUUCAAAGGAAGAAUUUUUCUUUCCACUUUUUUCAACUUCAAACACAUCCAACGACAAUGGCAAUGAAAAUGCAAAACUAAUAAAGAUAAAUAUAAAAGAAAACGAUGAUGCUGAGAUUUUAGAUAGCAUAGCUAAAAAUCAAAAAAGACCCAAUAGUUACUAUUUUGCAAGCUAUUCUGAUGAUGAAAAAUCACAAUUUCUUCAAAUUGCAUUGACUGGAGAGGACAUAAUAAAACAAUCUCAGCAUUUUAAUACAAUGAAAUACAUCAAAUCAAAAUAUAAUGGAAAACUAAUUGAUUUAAAGCAAUAUAACAAUGAUAUUGAAAGACAAUUGAUAAUAUCCAAAAAAUCAAAGAAACUGAGGCCCGGAAAGAAAAAAAGGCUAAAACACUCUGAAUCUCAGAAAAGAAAAAAUGAGAGAAUUAAAAAAGAUAUUGAAAUUAAAAAAUUAAAAAAAAAAUUAUUAAAGAAAAAACAUCGCAAAAGACCUGCUAAAAAAAACAAAAACAAAGUUGAUUCCAGCGAGAAAACAACAUCCAGGCCAAAAUACAGAACAGAAUAA